AUGGAGACUUUGAAUCACGUCGUAAGGCUGCUGGAGGCAUUCCGGGUUUUUGAUGCAGACAGUGAUGGUUUAAUCAGUUCAGCAGAGCUUGGUGGAAUCAUGGGAUCGCUUGGAUACAACCCAAGUGAAGCAGACAUACAGCAAAUGAUGCAACAGGGAGACACUAACCAUGAUGGACUUCUUAGUAUUGAUGAGUUUCUGAAUUUGCAUGCCAAGAACUCGGGAUUAGGUGGUGUGGCAAAUUCACUUGAAAGGGUUCUCCACGGUUUUGAUGUUGAUGGAGAAGAGUUUGUGACAGGGGAAGAACUGUUUGAAGCUAUUAGAACUAUAGGACAACAAGAACUCACCCUUCAAGAUUGCCAAUGUAUUGUUGCUUCCAUGGACGGCGAUGGAGAUGGCGCCAUCGAUGUGGAGGACCUCAGAGUCAUCGUGAAUGCCCUCCUCUAA